AGGGAGUAGGGGCAGGCUCCUGGGGGAGGGGAGCCGGGCCGGCUUGGUGGGGGCUCCGGGCGGCGGCGCUAGUCCCGGCUCUUUCUUUUAACGCGAACUGCUGUCGCGUCAAACUCAAACCAGGUGCCGGGCUCGGGCUGUGUGCAGCCGCUGGCGGGGGAGAGCCGAGCAGCAGCAGCCGCCGCCGCCUGCCCCGGCUGCGUGCGCUAGGACGGGCACUUUGUUCGCUCUCCCACCCCCUCCCCUGAGGCCGGCCGGCCGCCGAGGGGCAGGGCAGAGCCACGCGCGGGAGGGGGAGCGGACCCUGCGGAGGGGCGAGGGAGGCUGCCCGGCUGGCAGCGCGGCUGUCGAGCAGAGGGCGAAGAAGGGGUUUCUCAGGGAGCUCGCCUUGCUCCCCGCCCCCUCCCCGCGCUGUUCCUGCUGUUUUGCUGGUGGAGCUGACAGGUGCUGCUCCGAGGCAGCGGCGACUCCUCUCGUCCCCUCCUCCCUUGGCCCCAGUGUGCGCUGGGCGCCUUCGCCAGCCUUCUCCCUCCCAGCGCCGCGCGGAUUGCGGAGCCCUUGCGAAGCUGGUUUGGGUCCAGCCUUUGCUUUGAUCCUAUAGCGCCCCCCCCCACCUGAGACACGGAGAAAGGCGCUAGGACAAAGUUUGGAUGGGAUUAUGUGGAAACUACCCUGCACUUCUGCGCUGCCAAAGCAGGCUCAGGGCUGCUUUCUCCCCAGCGGCGCAGCCGGCGCCUGGUGGUGGUGAAAGAGACUCGGGACUUGCCGGCGAGCUGAACGUGCCUGGUGUGUGUGAUAACUUCCCCCGGUCAGCCAAAUGCUCCUCUUCGCCCUACUCCUGCUGACAUCUGCCCUGGCCAGCCAGAGACAUGGAGCCCAAGCGGAGUCCAAUCUGAGCGUCAAGCUGCAGGUCUCCAGCGCCAAGGAGCAGAAUGGAGUACAAGAUCCCCAGCAUGAGAAGAUUAUUACUGUGUCUACUAAUGGAAGUAUUCACAGUCCCAAGUUCCCACACGCUUACCCACGCAACACUGUACUGGUAUGGAGAUUAGUAGCAGUGGAGGAGAAUGUAUGGAUACAGCUUACUUUUGAUGAAAGAUUUGGGCUCGAGGACCCAGAAGAUGACAUAUGCAAGUACGACUUUGUAGAAGUUGAGGAGCCGAGUGAUGGCACUAUUUUAGGGCGCUGGUGUGGUUCCAGUACUGUGCCAAGUAAACAAAUCUCCAAAGGAAACCAGAUCAGGAUAAGAUUUGUAUCUGAUGAAUAUUUUUCUUCUGAACCUGGAUUCUGCAUCCAUUAUACUCUCCUCAUUCCACACCAUACAGAAGCUGCCAGCCCAUCUAUGUUACCCCCAUCAGCUUUACCAUUAGAUUUACUAAACAAUGCUGUUGCUGGAUUUAGUACUGUAGAAGAACUUAUCCGGUAUCUGGAACCAGACAGGUGGCAACUGGACUUGGAAGAUCUGUACAGACCAACAUGGCAAAUCCUUGGAAAGGCAUAUAUUCGUGAGAGAAAAUCAAGAGUGGUGGAUCUGAACCUUCUAAAGGAGGAGGUGCGACUCUACAGCUGUACUCCUCGCAACUUCUCAGUGUCAUUGAGGGAGGAGCUGAAGCGAACUGACACCAUUUUCUGGCCACUAUGUCUAUUGGUUAAACGUUGCGGUGGAAACUGUGCCUGCUGUCACCAUACUUGCAAUGAGUGCCAAUGCGUCCCAACCAAGGUCACCAAAAAAUACCAUGAGGUUCUUCAGCUGAAGCCCAGGAGCGGUGUAAAGGGAUUGCAUAAAUCAUUGACAGAUGUACCCCUGGAACACCAUGAGGAGUGUGCCUGUGUGUGCAAAGGGAAUACUGAAGGAUAAAUUUGGCUAAGUGUGCUUCUUUCUUUCAAAGUACGUUCAAUUAAUGGCUGAUUCUGUUAUGGGGCUUGUGCAUUAUCUCCUUCCCUAAUCUCAGUUGUUUGCUUUGGGGAUCUUCCAUCUUCAGGAUUUACAGUGAGUUCUAAAGAGAGAAGAAACCAAACUGGGAUUAUAUGUUGUGUAAAAGCUCUGUUGCUUGGACGCCCAGUCAAAGGAUGGGAGAAAGGCAUCAGUAAGGGAUUACUAGACGUAUAUAUCAUCAUGUCCAGUUGGCUUGACAUUACACGGAUUUAAGAAUUUAGUGUAAAAAAUUGCAGUGUUCACACCACGAAGACUUGACUCUGCUGGCCUUACUGCCUUACUUCUACAGCUCCAGUACACCUGGCCUGUGAUUGACAACAUCUGGAAUCUGUCCUUCUGUACUCAACCAUUCCCACGUGCUCUAAAUCAGAGUUCUAGGUCUUACAAACUUGCUUUAAAACAAACUGCCUUGUUCUGAAUUAAACUUAAUUUGUCUGAUACUGGUAGGAAAGACUGGAUUUUUCCACACCCACUAUUAAAGCGCCUGCCUGUUAGAAAAGCUGACUGGACAAUAAGCAUGAGCUAAGGAGGCAAACACUGAAAAGAACAGUGGCUUUACUCUAAUUACUAUGGCCUAUGACUUUUUUUGUUUGUAUUUUUUAUCGUGUACAUUUUAUACUCUCCUUUUGACAAUAUAACUAUUUGCUUUUUCUAAUCUUGUUAAAUAUAUCUAUUUUUACCAAAGGUAUUUAAUAUUCUCUUUUAUUACAACCUAGAUCAACUAUAUUUUAGUUUUGUAAGACUUUAAAGCCAGAAGUACACAGUUGCAGGAACAGAGAUGUGGUUACUAUGGCAAAGCAUCUAUUUCUACAUUGUCUGGUGCUAGACAAUGGAACAAAUCUAGGUUUACACAUUUAAACAGAGUAAUGACAAAUGCAAAGAUUAUUAAUGUGGAUGAAGCUCUAAGCUUGAUGGCUCCAGGAUACUGAAAAUAUGAAAAACAGAUGUUACUAUAAAUGAUUUCAGAAAUAGCUAUCAAAAUCCAUCUAUAUUCUGGCCUUUUGUCAAAUAGGAAAAAAAUAAUCAGGUAUAUAUAGACCCAUUCUGGCUUGUUUUAUUGUUUAAUUUCUUUGAAUUAGAAAGGUCUACAACAACAUGAGAAGAGAAGUUCAAUGGCUUGUUGCCUUCAUGAAACAGUGUGUUCAUAGAAAGGCAGCCAUAUUUAUUGCUCCAGGUGUAUGGUUUUUCUUUUAUGGUUAUGUCCAUUUAAAAGCAGUGACUCCCAAGAUUUAUUGAUUUAUCUAUUCAGUACAGUUUUAUGAAUUAUGGGUUUGUUUAUGUACAGUAUAUCAUUUAACCAGUACACGUAUCCUAUCCUAUGCAAUUUGGAAAGAAAACAGUAAAGUAUUUUGCUUGUAAAAUGCUUUAACAUUAUGCCUAGUUUAUAUUUUUACUAUUGGAUUUACAGAUUGUAACAAAGCAACAAAUAAAGUCAUAAUGCUAAUUUU